AUGUAUUCACUCGGUUCACCACCUUUUUUUCGCCAACAAGGUGUUUUAACAUUUCACAGAAUCAUCAAAAGAUCAGUCAGUUUGAACGCCGAAUUAAGGAACGUUUUGAAUACUCUUCAAGACAGCGGAGUGAUCAUAGUUGGAGCUGGCCAUGCUGGCUGUGAGGCAGCCGCGGGUUCGGCAAGGACUGGGUCUCCUACCGUUUUGAUUACGCCAUCACUUGACAAGAUAGGAACAUGUUCUUGCAAUCCAUCCAUGGGUGGGGUAGGAAAGGGCACACUUAUUCGAGAGGUCGAUGCAUUGGACGGAAUUGCAGCAAAGGUCACUGAUUUAGCUGGGAUCCAGUUCAAAAUGUUGAAUAAAAGCCGAGGGGCCGCAGUGUGGGGACCGAGAGCUCAAAUUGAUCGUAAAAUAUAUAUGAAGGAAAUGCAAAAUGUGUUGAAAAGCUACGCCAAUUUAUCCUUGAAACAGGGAAAGGUGAAGGAUAUUAUUAUUGCCGAGCAGAAAAAAGAGCAAGAUUUAGACGCGACUGUGAAAGGUGUGAUAUUAGAGGAUGGAACAAUCAUGAAGUCUUCAAAAGUAGUCAUCACUACGGGAACUUUUCUUUCUGCAGAAAUUCAUAUCGGACUGAAAACAUUCCCCGCUGGAAGAAUAGGUGAAGACCCAACCUACGGUAUUAGUGCGACUCUUGCAAAAGCAGGGUUCAAACUAGGCCGGCUCAAAACAGGGACACCGGCUCGUUUGGACGGGAAAACCAUUGAUUAUUCUAAACUAGAGAAACAGUUUGGUGACAACCCCCCACAUCCGAUGAGUUUAAUGAAUGAAAAAGUGAAAAUAGAUGAACAGAUUUUAUGCUAUGGUACAAAUACUACAGCGGAAUUACAUGAAUACCUGAAAUCAAACUUGUCACAGUCAAUUCAUAUCAAGGAAACCGUCAGGGGACCCCGAUACUGUCCUUCGAUAGAGGCAAAAAUAACGCGUUUCGCAGAUAAAGAUAGUCACAGAAUUUGGCUUGAGCCCGAGGGGUUAGAUACCGAUAUUAUUUAUCCCAAUGGUAUCUCGAAUUCUAUGCCGGAGGAAGUUCAGGACAAGAUGAUGAAAAUGGUACCUGGUCUCGAGAAUGUCACGAUUGUACAACCUGCAUAUGGUGUAGAGUAUGAUUAUGUUGAUCCUAGACAACUUAAACAGACUUUGGAAGCGAAAUUGGUCUCUGGGUUAUAUUUGGCAGGCCAGAUCAACGGUACUACCGGGUAUGAGGAGGCAUGUGCGCAGGGUAUAAUGGCCGGCAUCAAUGCCUCUUUAUCGCAUUUGAUGAAGGAACCGCUGAAGUUAUCGAGAGCAGAUGCAUAUAUUGGCGUUUUGAUUGACGAUCUAAUAACAAAAGGCGUGGAAGAGCCAUACAGGAUGUUUACAUCGAGAUCCGAGUUCAGGAUAAGUGCUCGUGCUGAUAAUGCGGAUUUGCGCCUCACUGAGAAGGCAAAUAGUCUUGGUGUCAUCACCCAUAAUAGAUGGGAAAAGUUUAGCUUAGAUAAGACCAUAUACGAAGAAGUUAUCGAAAAGCUACAGGGGUUGGAAGUAAGUGCAAAAAAAUGGGAAAAUCUUCUCAGCAUUACUAUGGCAGAUUCUGCAAAAAAAAGAUCUGCUUGGGAACUAUUUAGAUUCAACGGUGUUACUGUCGAAAAGCUGGUGGAUGCUUUACCAGAACUCAACAUUAAUAUAAACGACAUACCGAGACACGUUCGGACCAAAGUUAAUGUUCAAGGCAAAUAUGAGCCUUACAUAUCAAAGCAGGACCGUUACGUGAAAGCAUUUCAAGCAGAUGAGGGAAUGUUGUUACCAUCUAAUUUUGAUUACUCGAUAUUACCAAGUCUAUCGAAUGAAUGUAAAACGAUAUUGAAUACAGUCAAGCCCGAAACGAUAGGACAAGCGAGAAGAAUCCAAGGUGUGACAGCAGCAUCUCUUUUUGAGCUUUAUAAACUGGUAAAAUCCCAGCAGAACACCUUAAGACACCAUCGAAAAGUUCAGGAGAACUUGUUCUCGAAAACUUGUGCUGAUACAAGUCUCAUCUCGUAA